AGGGGGGUAAUUAGUGUAUUCUGAGUAAUUUUCUCAAGAAAAAAAACAGUAAAUUUUACAGAAAGCCCAAUAAAAAAACCAACAAAUAAGAAAAGAUAGAGGUUGUAGAAUUUGCAAAUGAAAAGAAAGAAGGGUCAGGUUUAUUAGGGUUAGGAGUUAGAAUUGAGAAUAAAAAAGAGUUGUGAGUUAGAAGAUGCUAAAGCAAACAAUCAGAAGAUUUAUAAGAAGAUCAGAGUUGGAGGCAGCAAGAGAGAAGGUCGAGUGUGUGGUGAUCGGAGCAGGAAUAGUGGGCAUAGCAAUUGCCAGAGAGCUUUCACUUAGAGGCAAACAGGUUUUGGUUCUGGAAUCUGCCAAAAGUUUCGGCAGCGGCAGCAGCUCUAGAAACAGCCAAGUCAUUCAUGCUGGUAUCUACUAUCCCCCCAGUUCUUUCAAAGCUUUAUUCUGUGUCCAGGGUAGAAAUUUACUUUAUCAGUAUUGCUCUCGAAAUGGGAUUCCGCAUAAACAGACCGGUAAACUCAUAGUUGCCACUUCCCCUUGUGAGAUUCCGAAGCUGCAUACGCUGAUGGAUCGUGCUGCUCGAAACGGGGUUUCUGGUCUCAGAAUGUUGGAUGGUUUUGAAGCUAUGCGACUGGAACCUCAACUGCGCUGCCUUCAGGCUUUGUUUUCUCCUCUUUCGGGGAUUGUUGAUGCUCAUUCUCUCAUGCUAUCUCUACUUGGAGAGGCUGAAAGUUAUAAGACAACCCUCUCUUGCAAUACUACCGUCGUUGGUGGCCACCUUGAAGACAAUCGUCUGCACCUUCAUGUUAUGGGAACCCGUGACUUUGAGCACUGGGAUGGCAACUCUAUACUGCAACCUGACCUUAUUCUUAUCCCCGACCUUGUUAUCAACUCUGCUGGAUUAAGUGCAAUACAGCUUACAAGCAGAUUUGAUGGCUUUCCUAAAAGUUUAAUUCCACCACCACAUUAUGCUCGUGGUUGCUACUUCACCCUACCCAAUGCUGUACCCCCUCCUUUUCAGCAUUUGAUAUACCCCAUACCCGAGGAUGGGGGACUUGGAGUUCAUCUUACUCUCGAUUUGGAUGGCCAGGUUAAGUUUGGCCCCGAUGUUCACUGGAUUCCGGGCGUAGAUGAUAAAUCAAGCUUUCUUGAUAGGUAUGACUAUUCUGUGAUGGCGAGUCGUGCAGAGAGAUUUUAUCCAGAGAUAAGCAAGUACUAUCCAAAUCUGAAGGAUGGAAUACUGGAGCCAGGUUAUGCAGGGAUUCGACCAAAAAUUUCUGGCCCCGGGCAAGAUCCUAUGGACUUUGUAAUUCAGGGAGAAGAAACUCAUGGAGUACAUGGUCUUGUCAAUCUUUUUGGUAUUGAAUCACCUGGUCUAACAUCAAGCAUGGCAAUUGCUCAAUACAUAGCCACCCGAUUCUUGCAAUGAAGUAAGUGAGUAAACCUGCAAAACAGGAUAAAAGCGAACCCGGAUGGUGGUUGUCCGGUUAACUCUUCAAUGCUAAAGUCAGUUUACGCUUGAACAGCGUUAUUAUAUAUGAAGGUAAUUGUGAUUUCAGACUUACCUCAAACUCUUUAUAUAGUAGUUGAGAGAAUACCUAGUAGAUUUAAAAUAAGAAAGUACAUGCAAUGGAGAUGCUCUAAUAUGUAUGUUAGUGAAUUAGUUUAAAUCUAAAAAUAGCACUAAAUAUAGCACAUGCAAUGAAGAUCCUCUAAUAUGUAUGUUUGUGAAUUAGUUUCAGUUACAUAAAAGGUAUUUAAAAAAAUCCAUACAAAAGGCAAAUUUAUUUUCUUUAAGUUUGAAAUUUAACAUGAGUAGUGAUGGAGUCUUCCGAUCCGGUGAGUAAACCAGCAAAACAGGGUGGAAGCGAACCCGGACGGUGGUUGUCCGGUUAACUCUUCGAUGCUAAAGUCAGUUUAGGCUUGAGUAGCGUUAUUAUAUAUGAAGGUAAUUGUGUUUUCAGGCUUACCUCAAACUCUUUAUAUUACAGUUGAGAGAAUACCUAGUAGAUUUAAAAUAAGAAAGUCAUUCCUAUUUAGUAGGAUUGUGUUUGAAUAGGAAAUAGAUUCUUUAUUUAAGAGGAAGUUUUACUCAGAAAAAUCUUCUUGAAUAAGCUUAUCUUCCUAUAUUGGAGUUUGUAUCCGAAUAGGAAAGAGAUCCCAUAUAUUCGAUAUUCAAGAUAUGAUUCUACGUAUAUUAGACUUCUGGCGACCAAGUCCUCAAGGAAUCAGUCUUUUUGGGGAUUCGGACGAAUCUUCCUUUGAUCUUCAAGCUUGGCGAGUCUCAUGGACUCGAAUGCUGACAUUAUCAUGAUUUCGCCUUUUGGGCUAGUGCUAGGAUUCUCCCAUGGGGUAAAUCCUAUGUGACUCGGUUCCACUGUAAUUAUGCUAGAAUUCAGUUUCCAUCAUUAGUUACCCGCAAGUGAGCUAAAGCCUCGGUAUUUAUGACUUCAUUCUUGAAGAAUUCUUCUAUUCUUGUUGCCGUUAUGGUUGAUACCGCCUUUACCUCCACCCAUUUCGUAAAGAGGCCGAUAGCGACAAUGAGAAAUUUCAUCUGGUUUCUGUCUGUUGGGAAGGGCUCUACUAUGUCCAUUCCCCACAUGGCGAAAGGCCAAGGGCUUUCUAGGGAGCUUUGUGGUACAGCUGGUAUGUAGUUAACGUUGUCAUAUCUUUGACAUUUGUUGCAUUUUUUCACGAGUGCUUUGGCAUCUUCCUUUAUUGUCGGCCAGUAGUAUCCUUGUAAUAUUGUCUUUCUUGCUAUCGUGCUGGCACCUUCAUGGGCUCCGCAUAUUCCCUCGUGAAUUUCUUUCAGAAUCAGGCGUCCAUUUUCGGAUAAUACGCACUUCGCCAAGGGGUGGGUUAGCGAAGUUCGAUAAAGGAUUUUGUCGUAAUUUGAGUAGUUGGCUGAUUUCUAGAUGAUUCGAACAGCUUCGAUGUUAUCUUGUAGCAAUUCCUCAUUUUCCAAGUAAUUAAUUAAUGGAGUCAUCCAGUUGUCUGCAUCAUCGAUUUCCAUUACUUCCGUUUUGUUGAUGCUCGGUUUUUGUAAGGUUUCUUUUAGCUGCAGUUUGCUGAAAAGAUCCCCGAGCUAGGAGGCGGACUUUGCUAUGGCGUCGGCCUCAGUAUUUUGUUCUCGUGGGAUUUUUUUGAUUUCCCAUUAUCCUCCUCGUGGUUCCAAUUUUAGGAGCAUUCCUUUGACUUUUGUCAAAUAUUUGUUUAUCCCUAUUUCUUUAGCUUGGUACUCGCCUUUGAAUUGAUUUGCCACCAGUUGCGAAUCGCUAUGGAUUUUCAGAAUUUCCGUUUUUACUUCUAAUUCUAGGCCGAUUCCAGCGAUUAGAGCUUCAUAUUCGGCAACACUAUUACUUGCCUUGAAUUCUACGUUCACUCCGUAUUCGAUUCUUGUCUUUCCUGGACAUCUCAGGAUGGCUCCUGCUCUGGCACCUUUUUUAUUCCAGGCUUCAUCCACAUGUAACUCUCAUAGGAGAUCUGGGAUAGUUUCUUCAUGUUCGCCUGGGGUGAUUUCAGCCACAAAGUCCGCUAGUGCUUAUGCUUUGAUGUUUGGCAAGGUUAGUAGUGGAUGUCGUGUUUGCUUUGUAUCGCCUUUCGCAAUGGUUUAUUCAUUUUAACGAUAACAUUGUGACUCUAAAAGUAGUACUUUAGCUUUUUUCCAUAGUUACGACAGCUAGCGCCAUUUUUUCUAUCUCUAGGUACCUUGUCUCGACUAAUGUAGUAAAAUUCUUUGAGCUCUCCUUCCUCUUCCCUUACCAAUACUGUUCCGAUUGUUUCUUUCCGUGCGCAAAUGUAUAAGUACAGAGUUUCUCCUUUUAGUAGACGACUCAAGAGUGGUGGCGAGGUUAAGAAUUUUUUUCAAUUCCUCAAAUGCUUCUUGGCAUUCUUCGUUCCAAUUGAACUUUUGGGAGCCUUUGAUGGCUUUGAAAAACGGUAGACAUCUUUUGGCCGAGCAAGAUAUAAACCUUCCGAGGGCGGUAUGUUCUUUGGCGGUUUCAUGUCCAUUGUUGCUUUAAUCUUUUCUGAGUUCGCCUCUAUUCCUCUUUGUGAUAUCAUUAAUACCAGAAAUUUUCUUCCUUGCACUCCGAAUGCGUAUUAGUCUGGGUUUAACUUCAUCCCGAAUUUAUUCAAGAUUUUGAAUGUUUUCUCUAGGUCUUUCGCGUAAUUCUUAGCUUUUUCACUUUUUAUGAUCAGGUCGUCUACGUAUACUUGGACUCGUUUUCCAAUUUCGUAUUUGAACAUGAAGUUCAUUAGUCUCUAGUAUGUCGCUCCCGUAUUUUUCACUCCGAAAGGCAUAGUUGUGUAGCAAUAUGUUCCGCCUUCUGUGAUGAAUGAUGUUUUUUCUUGAUCCUCCUGUUUCAUUGGUAUUUGAUGAUAGCCUUGGGCGGCGUCAGCCAGGAUGUACAUGGCGUGUCCUUCUAUUGAGUCGACUAAUUGAUCUAUGUCAGGUAUGGGGUAGAUGUCCUUUAGGCAAGUUUUGUUCAAGUCGCUAUAGUCCACGCACAUCCUUUUUUUUUCGUUUGCCUUUUUCAUAAUCACUACGUUGGCUACCCAUUCUGGGUAGUGCACCUCCCUGAUGAAUCCGGUUUUCUUGAACUUCUCCACUUCAUUGGCUAUUAUUCUUUGUUUUUCUUCAGAGAAUUUCCUCUUUUUCUGUCUCACAUGGUUAGCCCCCUCGGCUAUACUCAGCUCGUGGGUUAAUGAUAUGUGGAUCAAUCCUCACGAUUUCCGUGACUUUGGAGGCAAACAUUCCCAUAUUCUUGUUUAACAUUGCUACGAUUUCUUCUUCAUGUUUGGGGUUUAUGUCCACUCCAAGGUUCACCUUCUUCUACGCAUUUAGCUCCAAUUUUUUCAUAUCGCCAUUGGGGAGGCUUUCUUUUUCUUUUAUGUCAUGGUUCAAGAUUUCUUCGAUUGGCAUCGUUUCGAAGGAUUCUUGCACCGAUUUGUCGUAGCAUUUUUUGGUAGUUGUCUGGCUUCCUUUGAUUGUGAUAAUUCCUGUUUUGGUGGGUAUUUUCACUGUGAGAGCUUUUAUGCUUGUAAUUGCGGCCAAAUCAUGGAGGAAUGGUCGCCCCAGGAUGGCGUUGUAUGGUAGAUCAAUGUCUACGACGCUGAAUCGUGUUGGUUGCUCUUUCUCUCUUCUCUCUCUUCCUAACUUUACGUCUAGAGUAAUCGUGCCCAUGGGUUUGAUAGGAGGUCCGCCAAAUCCGGUCAACGGAGUAGCGUUUCUUUUUAGCUCUGAGAUGACCCAUCCAAGGCUUUCGUAGGCUUUUCAUGUCAUUAAGUUUAUUGCGCUUCCUUUGUCAAUUAAUACUCUUUUCAUGCUCCAAUGUUCAAUUAUCAUAGCUACAACGAAGGCAUCAUUAUGUGCCUGACUGAUUCUCCCAAAAUCAUUGUCGUUGAAUGUCACCACCGGCCAUAUUCUGGGUUCCUACAUCUUUUGUUUUUUCUCCGGUGGGUAGCGUUGCGCGCUAAUUUGCUUGUUUUUGAGGUGUGAUCCGUCGGAAGUCAUUAUUUCUAUGAAGAAUUUGUUUAUGAGUUCAGAAAAAACUCCUUCUAGUUUGAAGUUUCUUUCCCACAGACGACGCCAUUUGAUGGAGUCUGCUUUCUGAACCGGUGAGUAAACCUGCAAAAUAGGGUAGAAGAUAACCGGAUGGUGGUUGUCCGAUUAACUCUCUAAUGCUAAAGUCAGUUUAGGCUUGAGCAGCGUUUAUUGUAUAUGAAUGUAAUUGUUUUUUCAGGCAUACCUCAAUCUCUUUAUAUAGUAGUAGAGAGAAUACCUAGUAGACCUCAAAUAGGAAAGUGAUUCCUAUCCAGUAGGAUUGUGUUUGAAUAGGAAAGAGAUUUUUUAUUGAAGAGGAAGUCUUACUCAGGAAAAUCUUCCUGAAUAAGCUUAUCUUCCUAGAUUGGAGUUUGUAUCCGAAUAGAAUAGAGAUCCCAUAUAUUCAGUUUUCAAUAUAUGAUUCUUCGUAUAUUUAGGCUUCUAGCGAAUCGCUUUGGCGACGCGCUUUCACCGAGUCCUCAGGGAAUUAACUCUUCUGGGAAUUCGGGCUAAUCUUACUUUGAUCUUCAAGUUUGGCGAGUCUCAUGGACUCAGGUGCUCACAUUAUCAUGCUUUCGCCUUUUGGGCGAGUGCUAGGAUUCUCCCAUGGGGUAAAUCCUAUGCAACUCGGUUCCACUAUAGUUAUGCUGGAAUUCGAUUUCCAUUAAGUUGAUUUGAAUUUGGAAGAAAAUAAUCUUGGUCUGUCAUAUUUUAUAAAAUUUAACUAUAGCAAAUCAGACCUUUUUGAAAAAGAAUUAAAAAUAUUAUUAUAUAAUGAUACUCUUGUAUUUAAGGUAUUAUUAUUGUUUAUGUUUCAACAUAUAGAAAAACCAUGCAUGUUCAUUAGUUCUUGUUUAUAUUUAAUUAUUUGAUUGAUAUUUUUUUUAUUUCUAUUUUAAUAGGAGAUAAUGAUUUUAACAUCUUACGCUAUAAUUUAUGCAGCUGUAGCUUCAGCACAGUUUUUUUAUCUUUGCAUUUAGUGAGUAAUUCUAUCUUCCUUCUUCACUCGUGGAUUUGUAAAAUGGUAUUCUCUUACUUUGAUUAGUUCUUGGUGAUAUUGUUUAUUUGAGUUUGAGUUCUUGGAAUGGAAAAGAAAAUUUAACGAA